GCACUUGUUAACGUUGGUAUGUUUGAAUAAGUCUCAGGUAGUUACCUGGUUUGUAGGAGUGUGGGUAGAGUCAGUUAUCUGAUUUGUCUGCUUUCCAUAUCAAGCUCUUCCUUUCUCCACUAAACCUAACCCUAAUUCACAAUUAUUAUCUUAAUUGUGAUUUGUAUGUGUAACCAACAUCAAGCUCUUUAUUAUCUUUUCCCGCUUUCAGUUUUCUCUUUUAUUAGCUUCAGCAAUGGCGGCCAAGAGAGGAGCUCUUCUCACAAUGACUUGUUUCAGCUUAAGGCCUCUCAGUGUAAGCCCCUGUUCUCUCUCAUCCUCUCUUUUUCGUUCUCAUUUUCUUCUUUUCUCUACUAAACCUCACCCUAAUUCACAAUUUAAAGCCCCCUUUAUUCCUUCUCCAUCCACCACUCAUCCCAAACUUAAACAAUUACUCUAUCAUAAAUCUAAAGUUGGUUUUGAUAAACUCGAAGAUGCUCUUCUUCUGUUCGAUAAAAUGCUCCGUCUGAAAUCUAGGCUUUCUGUUGUGCAUUUCACACAACUGUUAACCGCCCUCGUUCGAAUGGAAAAGUACUCUGUUGCCGUCUCCAUGUUUAGAGAAUUCCGUGUUUUAAGCAUUCCUGUUGAUAUUGUUACCUUUAAUACCGUCAUCCAUUCCUGUUGUCACUUGAAUACACUUGAUUAUGCCUUUUCGUUGCUUGCUGGAAUCAUCAAGAGUGGUUGGGUACCCGAUGUCUUUACCUACAACACUCUCAUCAAGGGCCUUCUAUCUCAAGACAAGCCUUUGGAGGCUGGGGAUUUGUUUAAGAAGCUUAUCACAUUUCAAGAAAUUCAGCCCAAUGUAGUUAUGUAUAACACCAUCAUUGAUGGUCUCUGCAAAACUUCAAAUACCUCCAUGGCUCUCAAGUUAUUAAGAAAGAUGGAGGAGAUAGGUUGUAACCCCGAUGCGGUAACUUAUAACUCCAUUAUUGAUUCUUUGUGCAAAGAGAGACGAGUCGAUCAAGCAUUGGUUCUUGUGUCUGAAAUGACCGGCAAAGGCAUACCACCCAAUGUUAUAACAUAUAACACGCUACUUCAAGGCCUUUGCAGCUCCGGCCGAUGGGAGGACACUGAGUGUUUGUUAACUGAGAUGGGUGUUAGGAAGAUCUCUUCAGAUUUGCACACCUAUAAUAUAUUAGUCGAUGCAUACUGCAAAGAAGGGAGGACAACAUAUGCAGAAGAUGUGAUUGAAAUUAUGAUCCAGAAAGGUGUGCCUCCUGAUUCAAUCACAUACAAUGCACUGAUGGAUGGUUAUUGUUUAACAGGCAAAAUGGACAGGGCACUAGAGGUGUUGAAUUACAUGAGGAGUAAUGAGAUAUGGCCAGACUGUUAUAGCUAUACCAUUCUGAUAAAUGGCUAUUGUAAGAGGCAGGAACUAGACAAAGCCAUCAGUCUCCUCAGACAAAUGUCUGCUGAAGGUCUGAAACCUGUAGUUGAAACCUACAAUACACUGAUGCAUGGUCUCUUUCAGAUGGGCAGACAUAAUGAGGUGGACAACCUUUUCCAUGAAAUGCUAAAAGAAGGUAAUAAACCAAAUAUUGUGACAUGUCGAAUUUUGUUGGAUGGCCUUUGCAAGAACCGAUACAUGGAUGAAGCAAUUUCCUUCUUUCGAGUGAAUGAAUGUAAAGGUAUAGUUCAUGAUAUUCAAAUACAUAAUAUCCUAAUUGAUGGUCUCUGCAAGAACAGAAAACUUGACGAGGCCAGAAAUAUUUUUGAUAAGCUUGCUUCGAGUGGUCUGCAACCCAAUGUCAUGACACACAAUAUAAUGAUCAGAGGACUGUGUCAAGAAGGGUUAUUUGAGGAAGCAAAGGAAUUACUUUCUAAAAUGGAAACAAGCAUUUGUUUGCCUGAUGAUGUGACCUAUAAUAAGAUCAUCCGUGGAAGUCUUUUGAAUAAAAGAUAUGAAGAAGCAGCGGCUCGUAAAUUCUCAGAAGAUGCAUCCACCACAUCCAUGGUACUAGACCUAUUAUCUAAAGAACAGGACCCCUCCGUUCUUGCUUUCUGCAAAUGGUUUUUGCAAUAGGUACUGAAGUUUAUGGUUCAUUGUUAUGUAUUGUAUUGUCAUCUUUUAACUUCCUUAAGUUUUCUGCUGUAGUAAUAUGUUUUACUGAGCAAAGAAUUACUCUAAUUAGCAAUGUAAGGGGUUGCAUCAGUUUGUUAAGAGCUAAUAGACAAUAUAUUUGGGAUGGUAAGACUAUGUCUUCUAUUUGUAUUGAGUACGGUCUAUGUUCAAGUUGUCAUUCAGAAUUGAAACUUUGCAUCUCGAUGCCUCUCAUAUACAGAAAAAGAAAUCAGCAUUUGAAAAUAAUAAAAGAAGCCUAUGUAUUCAGAUAACUUUAUUCUGGAUAUACUCUCUAGCCCAUAUUUUGGCUUUCACAAACAAGCUCAUUUUUGAUAACAUAUUGGCAUUUUUCACCAUGGUGAGAGGGUAUCCAUUUAACAGUAAUAACAAGGUAACCACUAGAUUGGUGACAGGUUAGGUCCAGUUAUUGUAAGUUCAUCACCAUAUUUGAUUGAUAUUUACUGUUAUUUCCUAUGAUUGUGGCAAUUUGCUUCUCUUGCUCUACUUCAUGCUGGUCUUGCCUAUCACUGCGGAAAGUCAGCAGUUGCUGUUGGCCUCGUAUUGUUGCUGAAGUCGGCAUCUAUUCGGAUAUCUAAGAAUCUAAGGGUGUGUGGGGAUUGUCAUAUUGCAAUGACAUAUUUAAAAAAAGGUUUUUGAGAGUCAUAAUAUAUUAAGGGACUCAAAACUGUUCCCAGCAUUUCAAUGAAGAAAAAUGUUCUUGUGGUGAUUACUAGUACGAAGUUCUUAUAAUGUAUUUCCUCUCCAAUUUAUAUCUUGGUCAAGAGAAUGGAGGGAUCCAUUCCUUAACUCAUUGGUGUAUGAUAUAGACAUUGCAAAAUCAAACUCUGCUUGCACCCAUCCCGCUUUAACGUGAAGACGUAAGAUCACAAUCUUCCUGCUUUGUUAUGGCCCCUGCAGCUAAAUGUGUAUUCAGGUUAAAUCUGAAGGCACUGGAUGCCUCCCAUGACAGUUGAACAGGAGCGUAAUGUACAAUGGCACUGAGUUACAUUGAAGGUAUGUCAAAACUUUUUUCUUUUGACAAUUACAUAGCCCAGUAGAAAUAGUGUGUAGUGCAAAACUAAUGAAAAUGCGAUUGAUAAGUAAACAGAAUGGAAGGCAAAUUCAGUUUUCUUGUACUGAAUUUUGGUUCUUAUCAUCAUAUACCAGAGUAAUAUGCGACAAAAGCAAAUCAUUUGAUCCGUAAAUAUUUCUU